AUGGAACGCUGUAAAGAAGUUAAGAAGAUACUGAGCCAAUGGGAACCGAUGUCUCCAGACAACAAUGAUGGAGAACCUGCAGAAGUGUUUGAUAGACAUCCUCUGUCGGCAAUGAUGAUAAAUGCUGAUGGCGAAUGUGGAAACAGAGAUGAUCUGGUGAUGAUCUUGAAUACUUGGAAGUCGGAAUGGCAUCGGGAAGGUGUUCAGGUGCCAGUGAAGGAUCCAAGUUCUCUACCUAAGCCUAUUUUCAAGAAACUCGAUACCUCUCGUACCAAGAGGCGGAGUUCUCGUUUUGUUAUGCCUGAUAAAUUACGAGUGGAACUUGUGGAUGGAAAUUUUGACGAUACUAUCCAUUGCGUAGUGGACAAAAAAAUUAAAAAAGCGUCUUAUUACCACAUAGAUGAUUUGGAUCAAGCAUGGAUUUCCACCCUUAAUGAAGAAAGACAAUGCCUUGGGCAAACUCCCAUUAAGGAAUGGAUGCUAGAAAAAGUCAUCACGACAUUAGAAUACCUCACGUACGUUAAGAUGCGUGAAAAAAUCAAGGAAAUUGAUAUGCAGUGUUUGGAAUUUGACGAAAACGCUAGGUGUGAUAUUUGCCAAUCGUAUGAAGGGGAGGAUGGCAAUGAGUUGGUGUUUUGUGAUGGCUGUUUCCUGUGUGUUCAUCAAGCCUGUUAUGGCAUCCUCCAAAUACCUGAAGGGUCGUGGAUGUGUAGACAGUGCGAAGCGGGUGUUAAGUCAACCACUCCUUGCUGUUUAUGCCCUAAUACUGGAGGGGCUAUGAAACUGUCUGAAGAUGGGCAACGGUGGUGCCAUGUGAGCUGUGCUUUAUGGAUUCCUGAAGUUGGUUUUGGGAAUGUAGAACUCAUGGAACCUGUAAUUAGACUGGACAGUAUACCUCAAGCUAGGCGUAAUCUUCUGUGCUCUAUAUGCCGUUCACGCUAUGGUGCUCCAGUACAGUGCUCCAAUCCGAAGUGCAAGAUAGCAUUUCAUGUCACUUGCGCGUUUCAAAGCAAUCUUGUCAUGCGCCAAGAGCUGGUGGAGAAGGAUGUGCGGUUAGUGGCAUUGUGUCGAAAGCAUUCGAGAAAAGAACAGCUAUCUUCAACUCACCAUUCUUCAGGGAUGUGUGAAUUAUUUUCUCCCGGUAAGACGCUUGAUGCACAUCAAAACUUCGGUAACUCCAUGCAACCGGUUGCUAUCACACGUCAACAAAGGUUAAUUGAUCUAGAAUAUAAUUUUCAAAAAUUAGUAGAUGAGUCAGAGCUAAACAUGUGCUUGGAUAAUAGCUCAAUAAAAUCACAGUUUAAAUAUUCUGCUAUCCUAAAUGCUAAUGAACAGAAAAGCGUUCCCAAAGAUAUUCGUACAUCUAUCUUUGCAUACUGGCGUCUGAAAAGACGUUCAAAGUAUAAUCAACCUUUAAUAUAUCCAAUUCCUGUAACAUGGAAAGAAAGUGCAGAUGAGAUAGCUGCUUCAACCAAAGAAGAACUAGCGCGUGUAGAACAAGCUAAUGCCGAUAUGAAAGCAUUUGAAUCAUUCAAACGUAUUAGAAUCGGUCUCGACAAGACAAGAAUGAUAGUAGAUUUGACUCUGCAAAGGGAGCGUCGAAAAGAGGCGUUAUUGAAGAGGAUGUCGCGUAUAUCUACACUUCAACUAUCUAUUCUUGAAGCUCAUAACAAUUUAGUGCCUAGUGAAUUACUCAAAAAUGUACAUAUGGGUGAAUCUAUUUAUGACAAUUGGGAAUUGUUCUCAGCAUACAGUAGAUCUUUUAUGCAGCGUACUAAUGAUACCAAACACCAUUCAUCUAGCCACGAGACAAAGAGAACACUAAGAACUUUACCAGUAGAUCUUGAUGCUGGCGAAAAACCGGACACUUUGGAAACUCCCAAGUGUCAUACACCUUCCGAAACACGUCAAAACACUGAUUCACUCAGUAUCAAUGUUAUUCCUAAAGAAUGUUUAGUUGUUCCAGAUAAUAUUAAACAACGACUACGUUCAGCAUUAUCACUGGUUACCAACAGUUUUAAUAUGUGGGUAACAUCAGACAGAUAUGCAGAUGAUGGUGGUGAUCAUAAAAGUGAGACAAACAAUCAGCAUAAAAUCAAAUCGGAUAAAUCUUUUCCAGCAAAUCGAACAAAAUAUUGCUCAUCAAAAACUCACACUUCUUCACCAUCAUCCCCUAAAUUAAAUAUGUUAAUGGAAAAUGAAUUACCAAUUGUCCAGGUCAAAUUAUCACCGAUUCCAGAUGGAACAGCAUUUAAAUAUUAUGGUAACAGUGUAACUAGUUCUGAUGAAUGUACACCAAUUAAGAAGCGAAAGCAAUCGAAUAAUUCCAAUUCUUCAUUUUUAGAUAAAUCGCCUAACGAGCGUAUUCCUGUCCUUACAAAGUUUGCUAUGAUUACUUUGUCGCCUGGUGCUACUAAAUUUCUGUAG